UUUCCUGAAACAGAUUUACUUUCACUUCUGUCGUCUUUCACAGCGCGGCAGAUCCAGACCGACUUCAGCUAAACUGAAGGCUCUUCAUGCAGCAGAUGCUCUUCAGUUGUCUGACGGUUCCAGCACUGUGACAUUAUGGCGACUGCAGCAUCAGAUCGGCCUCCACUGAAGCGCAGCAGCAGCUUUCCUUUCCUGCCACCUGACAUGUCUGAGCUGAGGGUUGUUCUGCUGGGGAACAGCUGGUCUCAGAGGAGUUCAGUGGGGAACUUCAUACUGGAAGAGACUGUGUUCGACACUGAGGGAGAACCAGACCGCUGUCUGAGAGUUGGAGGACAGUUAAAGGACAAAAAAAUAGUUCUCAUCAACACACCUGAUCUGCUGCAUCCAAACAUCUCUCAACACAAACUGACAGAGCUGAUAGAAAACUGUGUGAGACUCUCUGAUCCUGGACCUCAUGUGUUCCUGCUGGUUCUGCAGCCUGAAGACUUCACUGAGCAACACAAACAGAGGCUCUGCAGCUUCCUUCAACUCUUCAGUGAUCAAUCACUUGAUCAAUCACUGGUGCUGAUAUCAACACCCAGAGAGGAGAGUCCAGGUUUGAUGGAAAAGUAUCAGCAGCAUCCUCCAUUAAAGGACAUGAUCAGACAGUGUGGCUACAGGUUUCUGUGGCAGAAGAAUGUUGACCUUCCAGAGCUGUUAACACGUUUGGGUCAAAUCGUAAAGGAGAACAAUUGUGAACACGUCAGCUAUGAAGCAUUUGCAGACACAGCAUCUACUUUAGCAGCUGAUCAUCAAAGCCCACAACAAGCAGAAAGACAGACUUCUCUCGUGGCUGCUGUUAAAGCUGCUGGGUGUCACGGAGUUAAAACACUCACUGAGAAAGUCUCACUCUCAGGGAGAAACCCUCAAACUGACACAUCUGGAAUCAGGAUUGUGCUGCUGGGAAAAAGUGAGGACAAACAGACAAAACUUGGUAACUUCAUCAUCGGGAGCGAAGCUUUUCAUCGCCAGAGAAUUUUCCCAACCAGACAAUGUGUGUCUGCCAGUGAAGAGUGGAGAGGAAAUCCUGUCACAGUGGUGAAAACUGCAGAUAUCUUCAGUCUGUCUGUGGAGGCAGUCAGAGAAGAUAUGAAGAGCUGUGUGACUCUUUGUCCUCCUGGACCAAAUGUUCUUCUGCUGUUAGUGAAACCUUCUGAUUUCACAGAGAAGAACAGACAAACACUGAAGUUCAUCCUGAGUCUGUUUGAUCGAGAUGCUUUUAAACACUCGAUGGUCGUCGAGACAGAUGAGGGGAAUGAAGCAGCUGUUAGACGACUCCUUAAAGACUGUGGAGGAAGACGCUACAACAUGGCUGAAGACAACAACCACACACUGUUAAUGGAGAAGAUUGAGAACAUUGUGUAUGAAAACAAAGGAAGCUUCCUCACCUUCACUGAAGAGACCACCAGACCAGCUUUAAACCUGGUUCUGUGUGGGAGGACAGGAGCAGGGAAGACUUCAGCAGCCGAGGCCAUUUUAGGUCGGACAGCGUUUCAUUCAGUCUGCGACUCAUCAGAGUGUGUUAAACAUCAGGGAGAGGUGUGUGGACGUCGGCUUUCCCUGCUGGAGCUGCCUGCCUUGUCUGGAAAACCUCAGGAGGCAGUGAUGGAGGAAGCAUUCAGGUGUGUCUCCCUCUGUGAACCUGAGGGCGUCCAUGCCUUCAUCCUGGUCCUACCUGUGGGUCCCCUCACUGAUGAAGACAAGGGAGAGUUGAAGAUCAUCCAGAACACUUUCAGCUCUCGAGUCAAUGACUUCACCAUGAUUCUGUUCACUGUGGAGUCAGAUCCUACAGCUCCAGAUGUUGUGAACUUUGUCAGAGGAAACAAAGACAUUCAGGAUCUCUGUCGGAGCUGUGGAGGAAGAUAUGUUGUUCUCAACAUCAAGCAGCAGAUCCCAGAGCUGCUGGAAGCUGUGGAAAAGAUGACAGCUGAAGGAUCCAAAUGCUUCACAAAGGACACGUUCACCAAGGCUCAGAUGGAGAAGGUUGUAGAUCAGGAGAACACUAAUGCAAGACUUAAAGCUGAACUGCAGGAUGUGAAACGGAGGACUGUGAUGAGAGGUGAUGAUGAAGGUCAGAGCAGAGAGCGUCUCAGGAUGGUGCUGAUCGGGAAGACUGGCAGUGGGAAGAGUGCAACUGGAAACACAAUUUUGGGCAAAAAGCGUUUUGAAUCUAGUGUCAGCUCAAAGUCUGUGACCAAGUUUUGUGAGAAAGCAACAGGAGAGAUUGAAGGUCGGCCUGUUGCUGUGGUCGACACCCCUGGCCUGUUUGACACGACUCUGUCCAAUGAGAACAUUCAACAGGAACUUGUGAAAUGCAUCAGCUUGUUGUCUCCUGGACCUCAUGUGUUCUUACUCGUGAUGCAGAUCGGUCGCUGCACACAGGAGGAGAAGGAAGCUGUAGAACUGAUCAAGAAAUAUUUUGGCAAGAAUUCACAACAUUUCAUCAUCGUCAUAUUCACAAGAGGAGAUGAACUGGACGGUCAGUCAUUUGAGAGUUACCUAGAAGACUGUGAUGACUUUUUAAAAAAACUGGUGAAUGACUGUGGAGGAAGAUACCAGGUCUUCAAUAACAAAGACCUCACAAACCGCACACAAGUUAGAGAGCUGCUGACCAAGAUCAACAGAAUGAUGGAGGAAAAUGGCGUCAGCUGCUACACCUCAGAGAUGUUCCAAGAGGCCGAGGCAGCGAUACAGAAGGAAGUGGACAGGAUCCUGAAGGAGAAAGAGGAAGAAAUGCAGAGACAGAAGGAGGAGCUUCAAAGAAAACAUGAGGAGGAAAUCGAAGCAGUGAAGAGACGAAUGGAUCAACAGAAAGCUGAAAUAGAACAGGAGAGAAAACUGAAAGCAAAACAUCUUCAAGAACUGGAGGAAAACAUGGAGAAGGAGCGUGACCAGAGAAGGAAAGAACAGGAGAAGAGAAAGGAGGAAGACAAGGAAAGGAAGAGGCAGGAAGAACUUCAGCAACAAGAGUGGGAACAAAAACAUAAAGUUCUGGAGGAAAAAAUAAAGUCAGAGUCGAAGGAAAAGGAAACUAUUGACAGACAGCUGGAGCAGAGUAGAGAAGAGAUGAGAAAGAAACGAGAAGAAUGGGAGAAGGAAAGACAAGAGUGGUGGGAGAAACGAUAUCAAGAGGACGAACAGAAACGUCAGAAGGAGCAAACAAGACUUAAAAAGCUCCAAGAAGAAUAUGAGCAGGAAAAAGAAAAACAUGAAAACAAAAGAAAAGAAGAUCAAAUCAGAAUAGAAGAGGUGGAAAAGGAGAGAAAAGAAUUAGAGGAAAAGUAUAAGAAAGAAAUAGAGGAAAUGAAGAAGAGCUACGAAGAGGAGGCCAGAAAACAAGCCGAAGAAUUCAAUGAUUUUAAAAAGAAAUACACGGAGGACUUUGAAGCAUUGGUAGAGAAACACAUGGAGGAAAUACAGGAACUGAAGCAAAAGCAUGAGACACAAAUAAAAGACGCAGAGGGGAAGCAUGUCAACGAGUACAAUCUGUUACAAAACCUCUCAAGUCACAAAGAAAAAGAGCUGAAAAAACAAAUGGGGGAGUUGAAGAAAAAGCAUGAACAACAAGUAGAAGAGCUGAAAAGAAAAUACGAAAACAAGUGUAUCAUCAUCUGAACUCCUGAUCGUUAUCGUGUUAGCAGAUGGAUCAUUUAGCAUCAUUCAGCAGUCUGUUGAACACAUUCAUCACGAACAGAUAUUUGAACUGAAAGCUUUAAGAAUGCUUGCUUUGUCUCCGUGUCAUAUCGACUGUAAGUAAUUUCAAUAUGAUCAAUAUAUCAUAUAUCAAAAUAUUUAGAGUCUAUUGUUAUUCGACCACCAGAGGGCGCCCUGUCUCUAUGAGUAGGUUUGUUCUUGCUGACAGGUGAUUCCUGUUCAAUGAGCUGCAGCUGGACGACUGCUCCUCACUGCAGUGAGAACAUACAUCAUGAUUCCUAUUCCUCUUAACAUCAUUUAUAAAAUUCCUUCUAGUACCAGUAUCUGUUAAUCAUUAUUUCAGGAUAAGUUAGUAUGGGUUCUUUUGCACAAAACUGUGUAUUUAUAAUGUAAGUUACAUAUUUCUAUAGUAUAUCUGUAUGCACACACACACACACACACGCUGCACCCAGAAAUACCAGAUUACUUGUCUGUAAAGCUACAGCAUAUGUGUCCCACUUGCAGCCUUUCUGAAAAAAUACACUGACAGGAAUCCCUGAGUCCUGUGUACUGACUGACACCUCACACAAACACACACAGUCACAUGGCUGAGAUUCAGAUUCCAUUACUGACGCUGAAAACAGAAGAAGGCAAAGUAAUCUACUCACAAGGUCGAUUUAGCGUCUGUCCUGGAUCCUUAGAUUGAACCACAUGAUCUUCCUCAACAGAUUGGUUGUCAUGGAGAUGUAGAUGUCACAUAGUGCUUAGACAACCAGCUUCUUGCAUCCUAUCCAAAUACUAACAACAAAUAUACCAAUUAAAUAUUCAUAAACUCACACAGAUGUAUAUACUAUUGUGACAACUCCUCCCACUCCUUUGUUUGUGCCUCACUCUCUUUUUGUUUGCAGCCUCUGAGAGCUGUUCAGGGGUGGAGCUGAGGAGUGUCACCUGCUUUAAUCUGGGUGUGGCCUUUCAGAAAGCAUAAAAGCCUGCCUUUCUGAUUGCCCACUCUCUCACUCACCCACUGCGAGGCCUGCACCAGCCUGUGUAGCCAUCUCUGUUUGGUUUGCUGCAGAAUUCAACAUUUGCCACACACAUUCUCACCCAUCCACACACCGCUGACACAACUGAUUAUGCUCCAUUUUACACACUCCAUAUUUAUACCAUUUUGAUGGACACUUUUGUUAAAUAAAUAGUGAUCAGAACUGGUA